CCACAUCCACACACCGCGCAGCAACGCAAUAAUACGAUCCCCUCCCGGCUUAACCUCCCCAUCUCCCAUUCUCUUGUCGUCCCCGCGGCGGCCAGUCAGAUUUCCAAUCUCAACUUACUGGAGGGGAAUUGGCUAGGGGCUCCCCUCCAUCCCUGCUUCCUCUCCGUCCCCUCCCCUCCUCCGCCUGCCAGCAUUCAAGGAAAGUUUUUCAAGUUGCCAAGUUGGAUUUGGUACAAAUUUCUAUCUGUGACUACUUGAAAGUGGCAAUGGCUGGUGCCGCUCGCAAAAAAAUAAACCUCAUUCCUAGCAGGCGAUCUGCUAGGCUCAAGAAUAUCCAUGUAUAUGAUGAAGAUUCUGAAAAGAAAUAUCCUACCUUAGAGGCUGUCAAAAGUGAGGUCAUUGAUCUUGAAGAAAUUGCCUCUCCUUCCACCCCAGGAUUUAACGGUGAUUCUGUUGGUGACAAGGAUGAUUAUCAAGACUUUCAGAAUGUAUCUCUGAAGGAUCUAAGAGCUCAGUGUAAAGCUAAGGAUCGUAAGGCUCCAAAAGUAAAUUCUGAAGGACCAGACUUCAGGAAUCAGAGACAAUGUGGAAAGAGAAACCUUGAAGAUGAAGUACCAAAUGAAGAAGUUGAUCUUGAUAAGCCCAUUAUUGCCUUCAGACAAAAGCGGCACAAGAUAUCCCCUACCAAAUCAAACAGAACAAUGGGCAAACCAACAUAUACAGAUACUGCAAAACUACAAGAUACAACAUUGAAGAGAGAGAUCAUGGCUGAAAAUUUGUUCUCACUUGAGGUAAAAUUGCAUGACUCAACGUCAACUGCUGAGACAAUCGAAAGGAGAGUUCCAAAUGUAGAGCACUCUGUUGCUGCUGGUAAUACUGAAGAAAUAGUUGGGGAUAACAUUUUCUAUGCUGAAAUGGAAAAUACAAUAAUAUCAACCGAUUCUGCAAUGAGUGGUCGAAACCCAGAUUUACUUUGCGAAAUCAAGACUGAGGAUGAGAAUAAUUACUCUGACGAGCAAAUUGGAGGUUCUAGUUCUGGAAAGGACUCCUUUCAGCAUUCAUCUGCUGAGUUGCAUGGGGAGCGAAUAGUGUACAAUGGAUGUAAACAAAGUGGUGUCAUCCCUCAACUGACUGAACUAAAGGCUGUUCCUAAUGAUUCAUGUGAGCUAGCUAACAGUGUUGAAGCAUACUGUUUCGAUGAAAUUAUGCUGCAAAACAAGAGAAAUGAUGGGCUUUCUUCAUUGGAUAUCACUGAUGACGUGAGCAACAACCAUAAACCAUCAGGCAAUGCAACAAAUUCUGAUGGAGAAAAGUCUUCCGUUGUCAAUCAUUAUUUGGUAUGUUCUGCUAAUCAGUCUUGUGCAGACAUCGAUGAAUAUUGGUAUCCAGGAGUUCUUCAUGGCAGUACACUGGAAACCACAAAAACUGUAGAAAGUUGUACUGAUCAGUGUAACACAGAGGUGGGGUCUCCAUCUAUGGUCAUCCAAUCUGAUUUAUGUAGAACCGCAGGAAGGAAUUUCACAUUGCUUGCAGAGGAUGUGCAGAUGAAGGAAGAUGGUAAAUUAGAUUCACUAGUUCAGAGCAGUGUUGGAACAAAGGAUAUAUUACUGCAUAUGGAUUUUGGACAUGCAACUAACGAUUGUACUUUUGCUUUUAACAAGACUCUUGAUUCAGUGCAAACUGCCAAUUCGACCGCACAAGAUGGAUGGUUAGAAAGUAUAGUAUAUGAUGCUCUGAGUAACCGUGCACAGAGGAAGAGUACUGAAACUGAAAGUCCUGUUGGUGCCUCAAGUGCUGCCAUCAUUUCAAGCCCAUUUGUAACUGAGGACACUGACCGGGACCUCACUGGAUCCAAAGCUCCAUAUUGUGGUCAGCUCUUAAUUCCUUGUGUUACAGAGUGGUUAUCAAAGGAUACAGAUCAGUUAAAGACUACAGUGGAUGAUGUCAUCUGCAAAACUAAUAGUGGUCAAGGAUCGAGAGAACAAUUUGGCCUUCAGCCGCAUUUACUGCAAUCUUUUUCUGACUUGAACAAAGCUUGUGUAACAUCAGAGAGCUCGGAUCCUGAACAAACACAGGAAAUACCUGUUGGGUCUUUGUAUUCAACUGUAGCAUCUCUGGAUGCUGAUGGGCAAAGUAACAACUCACAACCUUUCACUGAGGAAGGAGCAAUUGAAGAGCAUGGUCCCAAGAAACUGCUGUCAAAGAGAAAGAUUAUGUCACCAACUUCACAGGAGAAGCUUUGCAAUGCUUUGACUGGUAUUGAUUUGUGCAGGGUCCAAAAGCUCAAGAAAAAGAUCCUUCUUGAAGAUUGUGACAAGAUAAGGAAACCUAAUAGUAGGAGUUCCCGCUCCCCUACAAGCAAAGGAAUUCUGAAGGCAACAGAAUCCCCACCCUCCCAAGAGACUACUUGUACUUGCAUGAAAGCUUCGUCGGUUUUAUUGGACACUGGAAAAGCUGUUGAGUUUUCACAAAGGCAAAUGCAUGAUGUAGAAAACAUUGCAUCCAAGCUUAUCCGAAGCUUGAAGCAGAUGAGAAGUAUAGUGGACGAAAGUUUGUUAUCAGAAGCACAUUCUUUGCUUCCUAAUUUCAACACUGCUGAGAUCAGAGCAGCCUCCGAGGAUGCAUUAGAAGUGGAGAGAACUACAAGGAAAUGGUUGACAAUAAUGAACAAAGAUUGCAGCCGCUUUUGUAAAAUACUGACAUUAGCCGGGAAGAAGGCUGUUUCUCAUUCUGAAGUGCCAAGGAAACGAAAGAAGAUAACAUUUGCUGAUGAAACUGGAGGAAAGCUGUGUCAUGUUAAGGUGUUUAAUGAUGGACAAACCUCUUGUUUCUGAAUGUAGCCAGUAACAUCCUUUCUACAGGUUGCUGUCACGGGCAAUGAUCAUAACAGUGUAAACUUUCUGAUAAAUAAGGAAUCCAACUCAAUCGCGCUGUAGUAUGAGAAUGUUUUCGUUCAUUGUAAAAUCUAGGUUCAACAAAAAAAAGAAAGAAGCUAGUUUUAACUGUAAAAGCUUUAAAUUUACUGGGAUCAGGCUGGCAACAUUGUCAGCACGAUAUUGGUGUCCUGUCCUAUUUGUUUGGAUGCAAGAGGCCAUAUGUAAUCCAUUCAAAGCGGCUUUGGAGUUUCUUGAUUUGAAGGUCACAUUGUAUUAUGUUUGAUUUUUUAUGUUUGACGCCAUUGAAUUA